UGUCAGCUCAGCUUCUUGGUGCGUAGAUGUACAAGUCUGUGGCAGUUCCACGAAGACAAGUCGAGGAGGGCAGGCUGUUUGAAAUGAACUAAUUUAGAUGUUGUCGAUUAGUCAGUGUCUUACCACGUAGAGUACUUAGAGUGUUUGGGUUUGUUCAAUACGCGUAUUUUAGGAAUUCCUCUGACAGAACACAGGUCGGAACUUUUACCCUGUGGUGGUCUGUGAAUCCACCCGGAAAUAUUUGGGUCAGUGGUGUGAAAAUAUGGAGUCGGGACGGCGGAAAGGUCUCAGUGGUGUCCUGUCGUCUUUAUCCCUGCUAUGUGUCGUUUUGGACUUGCAGAUCGACGGUGUGCUGGGAGCCACCCCUGUGGAAAUUGAGCACCAUCUUGAAAUGGGCCGCAAGUUGUUGGCAGCUGGACAGCUGGCAGAGGCCUUGUCCCAUUACCACUCAGCUGUUGAUGGAGAUUCAAAGAACUACCUGACGUAUUACAAGCGUGCAGCCGUCUUCCUGGCGAUGGGGAAGUCCAAGUCUGCCUUGCCAGACCUGACCAGGGCCAUACAGCUCAAGCCCGACUUCCUGGCUGCCAGGCUCCAAAGAGGGAAUAUUCUUCUGAAGCAGGGCAACGCUCAGGAGGCCAGGGAGGACUUUGAGGCAGUGCUGCAGCGCUCCACAGGGCACCAGGAGGCGACGGAGCUGCUCGCCAGAGCGGACGAGCUGGAGGAGCUGCAGGAGAUGGCGCACCACGCCCAUUACCAGGGCGACUACGCCAAAACUAUAGAGAUUCUGGAUCGGGUCAUAGAGAUUUCUCCGUGGGAUCCUGAAUCUCGUGAGCUCCGUGCUAACUGCUUCAUCCGCCUCGGUGAUCCACGGAAGGCCAUCCUGGACCUGACGCCAGCUGCAAAACUUCGGACGGACAACCGCGCAGCCUACCUGAAACUCAGCAAGCUGCACUACCAACUAGGCGAACACCAGGAAUCCCUCAAUCAAGUCCGUGAGUGUCUGAAGCUGGACCAGGACGACAAGGACUGCUUCGCUCACUACAAGCAGGUGAAGAAGCUGAGUAAGCAAAUGGACUCUGCCGAGGAGCUCAUCUCAGAGCACAGGUUUCAAGAAGCCGUCGACAAGUACGAGUCGGUCAUGAAAACAGAACCGACUAUGCAGUUCUACACCAGCAAAGCCAAAGAGAGGAUCUGCCAUUGUCUGGUCCAGAUCAAGAGGUCGCAAGAGGCUCUGGACGCCUGCACAGAAGCCCACCAGUUAGAUCCGCAGAACCUGAACAUCCUCAAGGACCGAGCUGAGGCCUACAUCCAGCUCCAGGACUACGAGAAAGCUGUGGAGGACUACCAGGAGGCUCGGGAGUUCGACAACGAAAAUCAGGAGAUUCGAGAGGGUCUCGACCGUGCACAGAAACUGCUCAAGCAGUCACGCAAAAGGGACUACUACAAGAUCCUGGGUGUAGGCAGGAAUGCCAACAAACAGGAAAUAAUUAAAGCGUACAGAAAGCUCGCACAGCAGUGGCAUCCAGACAACUUCCACUCAGAGACAGAAAAGAAGGAAGCCGAGAAGAGGUUCAUUGACAUUGCCUCAGCAAAGGAAGUCUUAAUUGACCCAGAGAUGCGCCAGAAGUUCGAUGCGGGUGAGGACCCCCUGGACCCAGAGAGUCAGCAGGGUGCUGGUGGCCGGGAAGGCGGUUGGCCGUUUGGCUUUAAUCCGUUCGAUUCGGGCCACGGCAACUAUCACUUCAAGUUUACCUACAACUAGGACGGACAGAUUUUUUUGCUCCUUUUUACAAAAUAAAAACCAGGAACGGACUUAAAUCCAGGAACUCGUAAAAGGAAAGACCGAGAGGACAACACGCAGUUGUUGUAAUUAGGAAUGGAUUUUUAUUUUUUGUUGUUGUUCUUUUUUUCCCCUCCUUUUUUUGCAGGUGAAGGAAUUUAACUAAGGGGGUUUUGGUGAGACUUUUCUCACCUCUGAGCAAACGGGACAGAGUCAUUUCUGUCUGCUUGAGCUGUAAGGCUGAACUGGGAGGGACUGUCUGUCUGUCCGUUGGUCUUUACUGACCAAGCUGAGAGACCAUGGAAAGAGUGGACAAAUGGACUUGAAGCCCGGGAAUAGGGCAAGAGAGCUUGCAACCACAGCUAACCAGGUCAUGACAGUUUUCCAUUUAACAUAUCGGUGUGCCAUUUUCUCUUUCAACCCCCCCCCCCCCCUCUCUCUCUCUUUUUUGGUUUGGUGGGAGAGGGGGGGGGGGUUCAGCUUCUUUGUCUUUGUUGCUUAUGGCCUGUCUGUCUAGGUUUACUGCUACUGUAUGCGUCUGCAUACUCCACAGAAGCACUCCCGGUAAUGUGCAGUGGCAUUGCGUUACUUAAAAUAAACAGCACUUUCGUUCAUGCCUCUAAAA